AGGCCAGCACCAUUUCUGGUUUCACCAACCCCCUCAUCUUUAUUCUGAAUUUAAUUAUUCGUCCACCCAAAUGGAUUAGUCACUUGUAUUUAAUUAAACAAAAAAAAACUUAAAUCUGAGAGAGGUUCGCCUCUGCUAGCGAGAGAGAAUUUCAGGGAUUUGGAGUACUUUGUGUAUUACAUAUGGAAGCAGCUAUUGCUCAGAGGGUUCAGUACCCUUCAUGGGUUGAUUGCAGAAAGUUUGAGGGGAAGCCGCUUGGUUCGUUGCGGUAUUCUCAGCGAGUUAAGGAAGAGAAAAGGUUCAGAGGUCUUGUUGCUUUGGCUCAUUUGCAACCUGACAGAAGAAAUGAUCAACGGAGAUCUGUUUCUUCUGAGGUUUCGUGUUCUGACAACAACUCUUCAGCAUUGUUGGAGGCGGGAAGUGUUCAAGAUCUUAUUCUCAAGAGAAAAGCAGAAGAGGUUAGACCGUAUUUAAAUGGACGUUCUAUGUACCUUGUUGGGAUGAUGGGUUCUGGGAAAACAACCGUGGGGAAGUUAAUGUCUAAAGUGCUCGGUUAUUCCUUCUUUGACUGUGACACUCUUAUUGAGCAGGCGAUGAAUGGAACUUCUGUGGCAGAGAUAUUCGAGCUUCAUGGAGAGAGUUUCUUUAGAGGAAAGGAGACUGAUGCACUAAAGAAGCUCUCUUCAAUGUAUCAAGUUGUUGUUUCCACUGGUGGAGGUGCAGUUAUAAGACCCAUUAACUGGAAGUAUAUGAACAGAGGAGUCAGCAUUUGGCUAGAUGUGCCUCUAGAAGCCUUGGCACAUAGAAUCGCUGCUGUUGGAACUGAUUCACGGCCACUGUUACACGAUGACUCAGGCGAUGCAUACACUGUGGCUUUCAAGCGUCUUUCAACGAUUUGGGAUGAGCGCGGUGAAGCAUACACAAACGCAAACGCCAGAGUUUCCUUAGAAAAUAUUGCAGUCAAGCUUGGCUAUAAAGACGUCUCAGAGCUGACACCAACCGAAAUCGCCGUUGAGGCCUUUGAGCAAGUUCAGAGCUUUCUAGAAAAAGAAGAAACGAUGGAGAUCCCUGACGGCGACCUCUGAUCUCACACCCUCCGGUUCUGCCUCUUCAUUAAUCUGUAGAGUCCCGGUCAAAGAAACAAUCACUCAUAGCGAGGCCACUGAGAAAGUGGACAAAGAGGACCUGUUUAGUUACUUGUUUUUGGGUUAUUGGAGCUUUACACGAGUCUGAUUUUGAAUGUGGAAAACCACAAAUAAUGCUUUUAUUCAAUGAAGAUGCUGCAGUACAUGUCUAUAAAAAUCUACAUAACUCUCUGUUUUCAGUAUAUGCCUAUAAACUUUUUAUUAA